UUGACGAUUAUGAUCAUCGGUUCUUCUAUAUUAAGAAUAAUAACCGUUGUUAUUAUAUCUGUGGGUUUGUACGAGAUUGUAUGGCCAAUUAUCUCUUUGAAAAGGGCAGAAUGGAAGUAUUCACAAAUCCAACUUGGAUUUAUUGCAUAAAGGAAUUUAAGAACAACCCAUCUGUAAAGGGAUUCAUUGUGGAGAAAGCAUGCCUUGCUAGCAUCUUUAAGAAUGGACUUGUGGGUUAUGUACAAUUUAUUUACCAUAUCUUUGGUACCAAAAGUCGAUUGAUGGAUUAUUGGCUUAAUAGAGAUUCUACAUUGUAUAUUGCUCCGAUCCAAAUUGCUCUUAACAAGAAAAUGCAUUCAGAUUCUGAGGCUACUUUUUUCUCUGGGAUAUGGCCAGAAUUAAAAAUAAAGGUACAGAGUAGCUUGGAUGUGAAAGUAAUAUUUAUAUGGAUUACUUGUAAAAAUGAUGCAAACAAUUUUGUCGAAGCUAAUGAGAGACGUUUACGGGAAAAAAAAAUUGAAAUUAAUCCACAAUAUGAUGUGGUAGUAACAGAAUUUAAUAAUGUCAACAUAAACCUUGGAUUUCUUUUAUCUAUGUAA